UCCUCCUGCAGCCUCUCGGAGAAGGAUUAGAUAGGCUGAAGUAUUUUGGUCUAGCCCUGCCGCCGCCUCAGCAGCCAUGGGACUGCAGCCUUUGGAGUUCAGCGAUUGCUACCUGGACAACCCUUGGUUCCGGGAAAGGAUACGAGCUCACGAAGCGGAGCUGGAGAAAACCAACAAAUUCAUCAAAGAGCUGCUCAAGGAUGGCAAGACGCUGAUCGCCGCCACCAAGAAUCUUUCAUCUGCCCAAAGAAAAUUUGCUCGUUCACUGAGGGAUUUCAGGUUUGAAUGUAUUGGUGAGGCUGAAACAGAUGAUGAAAGAUGCAUAGAUGCAUCCCUUCAUGAAUUCUCUAACUUUCUGAAAAAUUUAGAAGAACAAAGAGAAAUAAUGGCCCUAAGUGUAACUGAAACUCUCAUCAAGCCUCUGGAAAAAUUCAGAAAAGAACAACUUGGAGCAGUAAAGGAAGAAAAAAAGAGGUUUGAUAAAGAAACAGAAAAGAACUACAGUUCAUUGGAGAAACAUUUAAAUAUGUCAGCUAAAAAGAAAGAAUUACAAAUAUUGGAGGCAGAUAACCAAAUUGAGCAAAACAGAAAACAUUUCUAUGAACUGUUACUUGUCUAUGUGUGUAAACUGCAAGAGAUACAAGAAAGAAAGAAAUUUGAGUUUGUGGAACCUGUCCUGUCAUUUUUUCAGGGCAUGUUCACUUUCUACCAUCAAGGCUAUGAACUUGCCAAAGAUUUUAACCAUUACAAAAUGGAUCUGCAGAUCAAUAUCCAGAAUACAAGAAGUCGUUUUGAGGGAACAAGAUCAGAAGUGGAAGACCUCAUGAACAAAAUCAAGCAAAAUCCCAAAAAACACAAAAGAGCAAAUCAAUUUGCAAUGGAGGGUUAUCUUUAUGUGCAGGAAAAAAGACCUGCACCAUUUGGUUCCAGUUGGAUAAAACAUUAUUGCAUGUAUAAGAAGGAGUCAAAGAAGUUUACUAUGUUACCAUUUGAACACAGAGCAGGAGGAAAAAGUGGUGAAUUGGAAGUCUAUGAACUUCAGAACUGUACCAAACGGAAUACUGAUUCUAUAGAUAGGCGAUUUUGUUUUGAUAUGGAAAUAAUAGAGAGAUCUGGUAUGCCUUUGACCCUGCAAGCAUUCUCAGAAGAGGACAGGAACCUGUGGUUUGAAGCCUUAGAUGGGAAGGAAACCGUGUUUCUCAAUUUGAACAAGGCCAAUACACAAAAAGAAGGAAGUACACAGCUAGAUAAAAUUGGAUUCUCAAUUCUCAGAAAAUGCAUUAGUGCUAUUGAAAGAAGAGGUAUAAAUGAUCAAGGACUGUAUAGAGUUGUAGGGGUGAGUUCAAAAGUCCAGAGACUUCUGAAUUUGUUGAUGGAUGCAAAAACAAGUGAUGAAGUUGAUUUGGAAGGUAAUACAGAAUGGGAAGUGAAGACAAUAACAAGUACAGUGAAACAAUACUUAAGAAGCCUGCCAGAGCCCUUAAUGACGUAUGAGUUACACGGAGAAUUCAUCACUCUUGCUAAAAGUGGUAGCCCUGAGUCUCGUGUUAAAGUUAUCCACUCCUUGGUUCAUAAACUUCCAGAAAAGAACAAAGAAAUGCUUGAUAUUGUUGUGAAGCACUUAGCAAAUGUUUCUGAUCAUGCUAAGAAAAAUCUUAUGACUGUGGCAAAUUUAGGAGUUGUAUUUGGACCAACAUUAAUGAGGCCACAGGAAGAAACAGUGGCUGGUCUUAUGGAUCUGAAAUUUCAGAACAUUGUGGUGGAGAUUCUAAUUGAAAAACAUGAAAAAAUUUUCCACACGUUGCCUGAUGCUUAUUUCCCUGAGCCGACCCCUGUGCCAAUCUCUCCUCCAAAUGCUCCACCACGACAAUCAAGACGACGUAAUAGGAGGCCUCUUGCUGUAUAUAAUCUCUGUCUGGAGCUGGAUGACAGUGACCACCUUAGCCCUGCCAAAGAAUGCACACGCUCAGAUAGCAUGGAUUCCCUGUCUUCUCAGUCUCCCACAACUGCUGCUCCUACCAGCCCUCAAGACACAGAGAAAAAUAAUCUUAUAACUGACAGUGGCAAUCCAUCCAGUGAGGUUCAUUCAUCAAUGGUUUCCUGGAUAAAUCUAAAGUCAACUACAGCACAAAGUCCAGUCACAACAAACCUAUCAUUUUUAUUUCCGUCCUCUACCACAGAAACUGACAGACCAGUUGGAAGAAAAGCCAGGGCAGUAUAUCCAUGUGAAGCAGAGCAUAGUUCUGAACUGUCUUUUCAAACUGGGGCAGUUUUUGAAGAUGUGCAUCUUUCACGAGAACCUGGCUGGUUAGAAGGAACUCUAAAUGGGAAGAGAGGACUCAUUCCGCAAAACUAUGUCCAGUUUCUUUAGUUUUCUUCUGAAUGCUU